UAGCCAUAUCCCGUGGCGCAACCUAUUCUGAGGACCAAAGUACAGGAUUUAGGAUUCGACAUGCAGUACAAGUCGCAGGUGGUGCCAUCUUGCGAUUCGAUAUCAAGUAUGAACGCAUAUAUCCAGAGACUGAGGUUAAGCUCACUCUAACCCAGGACGUGAUUCUGAUUCUGCGUUACUGGAACCACGAGCUUAAUUAUGUCUCAUGGGACAACGGUGGCUUCCGCCACCUAGGACGUUCUACCAUCUCCAUUAGCAGCACAGAGUACACAGAGGUCAUUUCGACCACCUGUCGGAUAGUUCCUUAGUUGUGGGGCUGUUUCGGUAGACAUCAGCCAUGUCCGUUGUGUGCCCCUAUUGAAGACUGCGGAAAUGCUUAUUCGUAGCCUUCAACCUUCCGUCUUGGCUUAUUACCCCCUGAAAACCGAUGUUUCGGAUGCUAUCACUUCGAAUCCUGCGCUUGGCAUGGUUUAAUUCAUAGAGGUGGUUUCGAUGGGUUUGUUCAUGCGUCAAUCUGCGUAGAAAAGCCCACACCGGCCAGCGACGAUGGCUCUAUAUUGCCUAAUGAUGACGAUGACGAUCCCGUUUUCAUUAAGGGCGCAUUUGGAAACGCAUAUGACUUUUCUACGAUAAGUGGCACGCUGGAACUUCCUUUAUUUCCUUAUGGGAAUUUAUUCCAGUCAUACACACUCUCGCUCUGGGUCAAGAUUGACAGCUCAUCGUCUCGAUGGGUGGGUUCGUUGGCUCGGAGUAUCCCAACAAAGCACUAGACGGUCAGAUUAGCGACAUCAUGUUUUUCAAGCAACAUGUACACCACGUCGUUGCGUUGGCCCUUGCCAAUAAGCUGGAUGAUGGAAAUUAUAAGAGGAAAAAAGUCAUUUAUUCCCUCAUCCCCGCUUUCUUGGCCAUUGCUUAUGGUGCUAUCAGCACGCCUGCGAUUAUGUCUGCACUCGAGGGGUUGACUGAAGAUCCAUUACCAAGUCUCCAGAAUGUCGUGAACACAAUAUCGGAGCUUGUUGGAAAGCCUGCGAGGUCGGGUGUCCAGGUAUCUCGCAAGGACAUCGGCAUUAACGAGGAAUAUCCGAUUGUCAUCGACGUAGGUGGAGAAGGUCCAUUAGAUCAUCAUGGUCUUGCAGCUGGAUUUGAAAGUGCGAUCAAUGUGAAUACAAAGGAUUACGUUGAAGUUGGCGGUCGGGCAUAUAUCCCGAUUUCGAAUCUUAUUCUGGUGCGGUCGCAGGGAUCAGGUCCGGACUCGUACCCGACGUUACCUUUCGCAGACAAUUUUGCAGAUAUUGUCACCAUGGUUGGACGUCCUCUUGAUCUCCCCACUACAAACGAGAUAGUCCGUAUAAUAAAAUCAACGGGUACAAUCAAUAUUUGGACUGAUGAGUCAUUCCUUCCCUUGCUUGAAGAUAUGGCGAAGAAGCUCAAGUCGUAUGUAUGUACACCAAAUGGGCUUGAUCGCUUUGUGGCAGGUGGAAAUGCAUUCCCAAAACGCUGGCAGAUCAUCGCAAACAAGGAUGGUAAUCACAGUAUGUAAAUUGGCUCAUUCACAAAGUUUCUAAAUCAGCUCUAUAUGUAAAACCCUCUGUUACAACUUACAGGUUCAAAUGUUUGAACUGACCCCAUGUUCAUUAGAUCUUGAAAUGUCAUGUCGAAGAAUUUGUCACGCG